ACGGUGGAGGAGGGACCACAGACCGAGCUGAUCCCACGUGUGACGGAGGGCUGCAUUCCCGGCUCGGAAACACUGUAGCUCCGCUCCGUCUACCGACCUGCCGUCUGUUUGUAUCCGUCAGUCACUGCCUCUAGCUGGGUCAGACAUGGAGGGAGACGGGAGCCAAGCCACGUCUGGAAGCCCGACUGAUCCGCAGCACGACCCGGGUAAAAUGUUUAUCGGUGGCCUCAGCUGGCAAACUUCACCAGACAGCCUUAGAGACUAUUUUAGUAAAUUCGGGGAAAUCAGAGAAUGUAUGGUGAUGAGAGACCCAACGACAAAACGCUCCAGGGGCUUUGGUUUCGUCACUUUUGCAGAUGCUGCCAGUGUAGAUAAAGUCUUAGCACAGCCACACCACGAAUUAGACUCUAAAACGAUUGACCCUAAAGUUGCCUUUCCUAGACGUGCUCAACCCAAGAUGGUCACAAGAACAAAGAAAAUAUUCGUAGGAGGAUUAUCAGCCAACACAGUAGUUGAAGAUGUGAAGCAGUAUUUUGAACAGUUUGGCAAGGUAGAGGAUGCCAUGUUAAUGUUUGAUAAAACCACCAACCGACACAGAGGUUUCGGCUUUGUAACUUUUGAAAUUGAGGAUGUGGUGGAGAAAGUCUGCGAGAUCCAUUUUCAUGAAAUCAAUAAUAAAAUGGUAGAAUGCAAGAAGGCCCAGCCUAAGGAGGUGAUGUUCCCCCCAGGAACACGAGGUCGGGCCAGGGGCCUGCCGUACACCAUGGAUGCCUUCAUGCUGGGCAUGGGCAUGUUGAGUUACCCCAACAUCGUAGCUACGUACGGCCGAGGCUACACUGGUUUUGCCCCUAGCUAUAGCUACCAAUUUCCUGGCUUCCCAGCAACAGCGUACGGACCGGUGGCGGCGGCGGCGGUAGCAGCAGCUCGUGGCUCAGGUAGGGGGACCCGUGGAAGAGGCGGCGGCUACACGGCAUACGGGCAGAACGCAGGGGCAGGGUUCCCUGAUUAUGGGUUGUAUUCCGCGGCCGGGGCCGGCGGUGACGUGCGGGGAGGACCGCCCUACUCCCUGGCCGACUAUGGCUCCCUGGGGCCCCAGGCCGCUGCUCAGAUGCUGCCCAGUGAGCAUGCCAGCUCGGCCUGCACCUCUCCCACCUCCCUCCAGCACCACCUGCACAGCCCGGACCCUUUUAAGAGCCCAGGAACCAACCCGAACCGGCCUGGAGCCUUCCCAGGUGCCAACAGCCCCGGCCCAGUAGCAGACCUCUAUGGAACCGCCGGUCAGGACUCCGCUGUGGGGAACUAUAUCAGCGCUGCCAGCCCCCAACCUGGGUCCGGCUUCGGCCACAGCAUUGCUGGUCCAUUGAUUGCGACAGCUUUUACAAAUGGAUACCAUUGAAAGCUAACAGGUGGCUGGUUGCCAUCUCAUUUGAGGUGAUGCCAUCCAGCGCCAAUCACUACAGCAUCCACACGGUAACUGAGAGUGGAGGUGGCACCAGAUGAAGAAACAGCAAGGAAAAAAAAAAUCAUCUCAGAAAAAAAAGAAACUACAAUCUGCUGUACUAUAAAUCCUGACCUGGCAUUGAGAUCCUUUAUAUCUGACUGUAGUUCAAUAUCUUUGUGUAGAAUUUUGCUGUUUGUCAUUUUCCUUUUGAUAAUUUUAUUCUCAUUUUAAUUGCUUUUCUUGGAUUACUUUCUCUCCUUGGUCCUCAGUUCAAUAAUGAGAGUUUCUUCACUUUAAGUGUUUAGUUCUGAUCAUUUUAUGUGUAUUUUUAUGUGUAUUUUGAUCCUCACAUGAAAACCAUGUAUAUGUCACCACACUUUUUUGAUCAUCGUUUGUCUUUUGAGGCACUGUGGAUAUUUGUUUUUAUCCUUGGUGAUUCAAAGAUUGUCAGGUGUCAAUUUGCACAUACCAGACAUCUGAUCUGAACCAGUGUGGCUCUAACAGAGGCAAUAUUGGUUCACGUUUCAAAACACAAGAUAAACUAAUAACUCUUAGUAGCUUUGUUUCUUGCAAUGUUGUCACCAUACGUACCUAUUUUUGGCAAUAAGAGGACUACAAUAUUUUCACAGUCCUUUUUUAUAAAUGUUUUGUUGUCUGGAGAAAAAAAAGAGAAAAGUUUCCUUUUAAUACUAUGUGAAUUCAGAUUAAAAAAACAAAGAAGAAGAAGAAGAAGAAGAAGAAGAAGGAAUAUAACUGUAAAUAGUAUUCCAGUCACUGCAUAUAAUGGUUUUGAGAGAGACAGACUUAUUUUUGUGAUGGGUCAUGAGGAAAAAGGCUGUACCACGCUGGAUGGGAGGACGUCGACAGCGCCAACUUCCACCUGAGUCCCGUCCACAGCACAAAGGCCACGAGACCCCCCAGCUCGAGGAUAAGACGACCCCCCAUGACAGAUCCUACACUGUUGGCUUGCUCUGUAAAUAUCAUUGGCUUUCUUACUGUGGCUAAUGUCAUACCAGCAUAUUUGUCUACAUAAUGAGCUACAAUGUGCACAGCUACAAAAAGAUGACACAAGGUUAUUAUUAACACUGGAUGUUGUCACACAAACAUUUUUUCAUAGAUGACUUCUGAUCAAUACUCUGUCGACACACAACUGAAAGACUCACUUCUCCGUCACUCUUCUCUCUCUCUCUCGCUGCGACUUUGGAGGUCAAUCGCAUAAAAACAAAUAAAUGACAGAAUCCAAAGCACACUUAAUAAUAGUGUUUCUGUUCGGGAAUACUAGGUGGAUGAGUAUUGUCCAAAUAUUUCAUACGGAUGGUAAUCUGAUUUUGUUUCACAUGCUGUAACUGUCUUUCACUGCUUAUUUCUGUCACACAAAAAAGGCAAUAUUUCAAGUUAGAUUAUUAUUAUUAUUUUAUUUUUUUUUUUUUUUUGGGGAGGGGUGGGGCAAAUUCUUUGUCUUUUCAAGAAGAUGUUAAAACGAGUGUGUCUCAUUACCUCAGUCCUGUGUGUUUUGUCUUAUAAACGAUGACCAGAUAACUUAUUUGAUGCAGAAACAGAACGAUAAUAUGAAUGGAUUAUGAAGAUGUUGCACUGUGAUUAGCAGUAAAAAGGUGAGACCAGAUUUUAUUUGCACAUUAGUUGGCUAUUUGAAAUGGUCUCAGUGAUGUGAAGGAUUGUUAUUUUUCGAAUUAACUUUUUCAAAAAAAAAAAAAAAAACAACUUUGGUUAGCAUAAGUGUAAAUGUCAGGACAUAUGUUUUACUGUUUUCUAAUUUUGACAAUUGCCAUACAGCCUGCACACCACGGGUUUGUCCACCAAUAUUACACAAACAGAAUUUUUUUCAUACAAGCAGAAUAAAGGAAAAUAGAGAGGAUUGUUAUGUAUAAUCAUUUCAUGUAAAUAGGAAUUUGCUAAAAUUGAGAAAUCAAUCUUCCUUAAAGUUUUAAAUGGUUUAUGAAUUGAUAAAUGUAUAUCCUGUUUUUUCUCUCCUCUGUGCUGAUACAGAUAUUUUACAAAUUACUUUUACAAAACCGUGUGAAGCUGAAUGCUGGAUUGUUUUUAAAAUAGGGACUUAAAGUAAUAAUCAAAUAACCCAAAAAACAGAAAUGUGUAUGUUAUCAAUUAUAAAGAGAAAAAUGUAUGUUCCCUUGAAUGAUUUACAUUUCUAAGAAGGAUUUGUAUCAAUAUUUUUGUGGUUGUUAAUGAUUACAUGAAUAAUAACUAUAAUACUAACAAUAAUAAUAUUAUGUACUGUACAUCCAUCCAGUUCUCUCUCCAUUCCCUGUCACCUCCUACAAUAAUCUUACGUUGAUCAUCAGUGUAUUUCAGUAAUGUGUGAAAAAAGAAAAUCAAAUGACCUUGUAUAGGAGUGCUGUCUUUGAUACCAGUGUAGUGGUCUAUACACAUAUUUGUUAAUCUUCCUCCAAUCUGUCACUCCCUUUGUCUCUCUCUCUCUCUUCUCACUCUCUUUCUCCUAGUAGUUAGUGAUAGAUGUUACGUAGUAUAGAUAAUAAUAGCUAGUAGUCAUUAGAUGAUUUAGGACCAGUAAGGAUAGAACUUUCUCUUAUUAAUUACCAUAUGGGGAAAAAAAAACGCUGACAUUGGUUUCACUUGUAUUUUUCUGUUGACUUUCUGUUUUGUGCUUAUCUCACAUGGUUUCAACAAACCAAAGCUCUCAUUGAAAACAUUUAACGGAAGAAAUGCUGUAAGAUGGAAUUGUAAACAAGGCAUUAAUUGGAUCCCCACCCUUGAAUGUUUUAAAAGGGGUGUGCCAUACUACCUUAAAUGCUAAUGCUAGAUAUGCAAAAUACUUUGAUUUCUUAUUAUUUGUCAGGAGGGACACAAGUUAUAGUAAAGAGCAGGAAGGAUUUUAUUACAUGAAUGAAAAAUAACAUAUUUUUUUAGAAAGUUAUAACAGAUUAAUGAUAAUAAUGGUAAUGAUAACAAUAAUGAUUAUUAUAAAUAUCAUUAAUCUAAAUUCUAAGUUUUAAUAUUUGUACUCUUGAAAAUAUCCCAGUGGCCCAUGGCACUACUAUUUUUGAAUACUGUUUUUUUACUUGUUAACUUAAGUACUUGUAUACUUUAGUUUGAACUCAUCAACUCUUUAAGGAUUUUAGUGAAUUAUUUUUGUACUCUUGAACCAUGGAACCAGCUCUUAUUUUAAUCAAUGUUAGAUUGCCGUUCACAACAGCUUCGUUAUCAAACUGCAGCCUGCAGAUCAAGGCUCUACUGUCUUGUCUAACCGUGAAUAUAAUUACUUACAUAGCCUUAGACACUUGAAGUAACUCUCUCCUGGACUGUGCCACAUUGCGAUGCUAACUAGCUGUAAAUGGAAUCAGCUGUUUUGCCGAGAAUACCGUUGCUCGAUGGUAAAAAUACGACAAGUUUUAGCUUUGCGGCUCGGCUGAAAGUCUGUCGAGCGAUGUCGGAGACGAGCAGGCAGUCGUCCUUAGACAGUUUGGUAGCAGAGGCUUUCACCUGAAGCACUUUACAGAAACAUGAGCUGCAUUUCAAACCACAAACCCUUGUGUUGUUUGUGCUGUGCUCUGCCUGCUGAGCAACACGUUUGCAUCGUUCACUCUACAUGGCUUAGCUGACUCAAGGACCCAAUCCCAAUGUCCCAAUGGCUGCACCUACAGACUCACAGGCUUUGAGACUAGAGUGUGGAUACCCGACUCGUGCCUGUCUGGACCCAAUGAAUUGGGCCGGGUUUGGAUAAAAAUUUUAUAAUUAUGUUUGGGUUUGGUCCGUUACUUUAGUGAAAAAUGAUGGACUUGAUGUCUGUUCUGGGCAACUUUUUGGUAGAGGUCUGCUAGAGUUUACAUGACAACGCUGAAGGCAAAACUUAGGCUAUUUCAGGCAGUAAAUAUAACCUAGCGAUGGAGGACAAGCAAAAUUUCAGGCUAGGGUUGGGUUCAGACAAAAAAAUGCCGGUCAGAUCUGGGCUUGAUUACUAAGCUCCUGUCUCAGGUGGAGUUUGGACUAAAAUUUGCAAUCUGCACUCUUCUCGAGACGCAUUCCUGACAAGUCAAGAAGGCUCGGGACUGUCCCGCUGUCUGGCGAGUGCAGAGCGGUUCUCUCAAGUCCGAAGUCUUCACUGACUUGAGGGAAUUCCCCACAACCCAGCGCAUUGUGGCAUUAAAAAUCUUCAUGUGAUGUGGGGUUAAAUGGAUUAAGUAAAUUGUGGUAUUUCAUUCCAAAUUUAGUUUUUGAGAAAAUACGAUAAAAUUCCUUCUUUAGUAAGUGUGACGCCAGUAAAAUUUGUACCAAGCCAUCUAAUUCCCUCAAACAAGUUCUACUGUUCUGGUCAUUAGUUUAUAGAAAUGACAUUACGCCAUUUGAAGCAAUCGUAAUAAUGGUAUCCUAUUGCUUACACAGUUAUUAUAUUCAAAUGGACAUUUAAUCAGCUACACAAAAGUAGAAUAUCAGUGCCUAUAAAAGAUAUUUGUUUGUUUUGUACUGAAGAACCCUUCAGGUUUAAUGAGACUUUAUCAAGGAGUUGAUAGUAGAUUGACACUUAACACAAUUAUGUUAGCAGGAGUAAGUACAAUUAUAAUAGUGAUGGGUGUCAUUGUAAAGGCAGCGUGAUGUCGCAGUGUGUCGCCCCACAUGAAGCCCAUAAACUUGUACAUGCUCACGGCAUGUACAUUGAUCAGGCAGGUGGCAUCACGUAAAGCCUGUGAGGGUCCCGUGCUCAGGGUGGACAUUGGGAUUGGGUGCAGGAGGGAUCCGCCUGUCCUUUGGCACCGCAGUGCAACUCAUUUUAGUCUUGGGGUUUGGAAGAUACUACGUAAUAAAAUUGCAUCUGACAGUUUCACAGUGCUGUGCCUUUAUUGAGAAUGGUGAGGCAAUUUACUAUGGCUGUUAAAACUCUGUUAAUAACACAAAAUCUUCCACAAAUGAUGCAGUGAAUUUUGAGUAGAUUUUCCAACCCCAGCGAAAAUAAGGCACUCAAACAACGGACAGAACCCGACGCCAUCGCGUUGACUCUUCGUCCGUCUUUGCCUGGCUCAGCAUUUGAUUAAAGUCGGAGCUGUUUACCCUUUCAAGUAGUUGAUUCAGUACCACAUCUUCUUAUGCAGUAGGCCUUCAUUGUUUUGAGACUUUUUUCAAUUUGAUCUUGUAGCUUGGACUUUAAGGUAGCAUGGCUCUGUUGUUGCUGUACUUUUCUUUCACAUUGACAGCAGUUUACAGCUAAUGAAUGUUACACAUCUUGCUAGACUAGUUCAUCAUUGGAUAAUUGUUGGUUAGAUAAAAGAAAAAGAAAAAAGAGCAAAAAAAAAAAAAGAGAGAAAAACACAACAUAUGACCUGGAAGGUGUUGGGAUAUAUUGGGAGCGUACUACCGUAUCCACUUAAACUUGAAUCUUGAGGCAAGUGCUAGGCAAUGGCCAAUCGAUCAUCCUGUCAAAUACCACGCACACAUACUGUCAUCUGGGUAUAUAAUGUCAGUACAUGUACACAGCUAAAGAGUUUAAGUGUAUGAUAUAUGUAUGUUGGAAACACUGUCUAUUUGUGAAUGCCGAACACACUCAUGUCAGAAAAUGAGCGCUGAACUGUUUAAGUAGCCAACACUGUCGUAAGUUUUGUCUCUCAUAAGGUUUUCCCAUGACGCAGACAUCAUGGUUGUACUGGUAUAUGCAGGAUAUUUAAAUAAACUCUGUACCCAGGGAUCAAUACUGUUUCACAGGAUUGGUCCUUGGUUAUAGCAUCUCCACGCAGACUUUAAGGUUUUACGUUUAGAAAAGCGGUACAGUCAUUCGUGUCUCAUUAUGUGGCUCUAGCAGACGUUUGUCAUCAUUCAUGCCUCAUUUGGGGGUUUCUGAUUGCCUUGCCCAUUCCUACCACUUGCCCAUUUUUUAAUGUUAACAGACUUUUUACCGCGAGAGCUGACUGAACGGACUGACUGUCUGAAAGCAUCUUUCAGGUCUUCUUGUAUGGCUUGCUCAAGCCCUGUUGUAAAAAAAAAAAAAAAAUAACUAAAGUGGAUGGGGGUCUCUCACAUCCCAGAUGUGGAAAGUAUAAUUUUAUAUUUGUAUUUUCAAAUAAUGAUAAUAAAAGAUGUUUGUGAAAGGUUUCCAUCCUCUACUGUGGUCCAGAAAUCAAUGUGUUUGUCUGGAAAAAAAAUGAAAUAAAACGAAACUGUUUUGAA